AUUUUCUAGAAGAGUGGGAAUAAUAUGAGGUUUUAUUAGGGGAGUCUGGAGACGUACGUUUAGGAGGAAAGGCUGCUGGACAGAAGACUGUCAUUGUUUUCAGAUAGGCUUUGAUCUCAAUAACAAGCUGUCAAUAUGCCCACUGAUGCCCAGCAAGAUGCCCGCUCCUUCCUGAGCGAGGAAAUGAUUGCUGAGUUCAAGGCUGCCUUCGACAUGUUCGACACUGAUGGUGGCGGUGAUAUCAGCACCAAGGAGUUGGGUACCGUCAUGAGGAUGCUGGGUCAAAAUCCAACCAGAGAGGAGCUGGAUGCCAUCAUUGAAGAAGUAGAUGAAGAUGGCAGUGGCACUAUUGACUUUGAGGAGUUCUUGGUCAUGAUGGUGCAGCAGCUAAAAGAAGAUCAAGCUGGCAAGACUGAAGAGGAACUAUCUGAAUGCUUCCGUGUCUUUGACAAGAAUCAAGAUGGUUUCAUUGAUCGUGAGGAGUUUGGGGAAAUCUUGCGUGCAACUGGUGAGCCGGUGACAGAAGAAGAGAUAAAUGAACUCAUGGCAGAUGCAGACACAAACAAAGAUGGGAAGAUUGAUUUUGAUGAGUUCCUUAAAAUGAUGGAGAACGUCCAGUAAGAAAAAAUUACAUUCCAUCCCCUCCAAACCCCUAAUGACAGCAUUCAAGACUCUUAAGAACAACCCAUGCUGAGAUUGUUGAAGAAAAAGAGAACUGAGGCAACACAACAUCAACAAUUAGGGCUGGAAUUUGCUUUGAAGGACAGAGAUUAUAGAUCAGUUGCGUCAUGUUGGAAAUGUUCCUCUGGGAUCGAACUGUGAUGGUGUCUAUAUAUAACCCUUCAAACCUUUUAAGAGGAAACCACUUACGCCUCCCCCCUCAGCUGUCCCCUACUACACCUGCUUAUUCCCAAGACAUGCAGCAAGUUUCCUUCAACCCCCUUCCCCUCUCCUUCACCCUUUACAGUGAUUCAAAAUAACCCUGCUACAGUACAAGCUUCAGAAACAGACUUGAUGUUGUCAUGGCGAUACGGAAUCUCUUUAGCUGACAUGUUUGCGGCGUCUGCAAAUCUAAUAAAAAGGCACAUCUUGGCCAAUCUAAUUGUUUA